UUGUCCUACGACGACAUGGCCUACGCCGCAGCGCUGGAGUUCGUAACGACGGGUUCAAACAACGGACACGAUCGACCAAACGGCACCGCCUUUUUCAAUAGUAUCGAAGUGGUGACUGAUGUUGCCUGGCACGGUUUUCAGACGUCAGUUAUGGUGGUUAAGCAGAGCACGGCUGAGUUUUACGAUCAGCCUCAUGACAUAUUGUAUUAUCUUGGCUGUUCCACAGAAGAUCGCCAGGGCUUCAAGAUGACCCAGGACUGCCCUGAUUUCUUUCAUGGCAUUGCGGCCGGCGCCCCGCAUCUCGCAUAG